AUGGCCUCAAACGAUGCUUUCUACGUCUCCACGGAAAACUCGGAGGCUCCGGCAGACAUCAGCCAGCUGCACGAGAUCAGUGUGGAGAAGGUUCCUGAGGUGACCGGGCAGAUGGAAUCCAUCCAGUUCCAUGAUGUCGGCGACAGUUGGGUCCACGGUGGCCACCUCCAGCUGCCUAUGAUCAUGAUGCAGCCGCUCGUCCCCAGCAACGGGAACCGCGGAGACCAUGACCAAGAAUUAAUCAUGGUGCAGAUGCAAGAGGAGGUGGUGUGCUCCUCCGACUCAGACAACCAGGCCAGUAAUUCUGCGGACCAGAUAUUCAUCCCAUCGGGUGAGGAAGACAUGUACUUCCAGCAGGUCCUGGCCUCUCUCUCCGCGGCCUCAUCGACCUACAGCCACAGCGAGAGGCGCGGCGACGAGAAUUGGCCCGGUGACGAGAAUUGGCCCGGUGACGAGAAUUGGCCCAAUGAAGAGAAUUGGUCUGACGAGACUAACAGCGUCUCCGGCCUGGGCAGCAAGAAAAAAGAGCGGGAGAAGGUGCCGAUCAAAACCCUGAAGGGUGAGUGCUCCGUCACCGUGCGGUCCCCUUCCAAGAAAAAUGAUGUGGAAACCGUUCUAUGUUCUGAGACCAUGGUCAAAGGACAGACUAAGAACUCUCCUGAUUAUUAUGAGUACAUAACAGGGAAGAAGCUUCCUCCUGAAGGGAUUCCUGGCGUUGACCUCCAUGAUCCCAAGCAGCUGGCAGACUUUAUUCGAAUAAAGCCCAGAAAACCCAAAGAAGAUACUCCCAGAACGGUACCUUGCCUUCAGCAUGACUGCACCAAGAUGUUCAAGAAUAACUCUGCUAUGAGGAAGCACCUGCACACCCACGGGCCCAGAGUGCACGUCUGUGCAGAAUGUGGCAGAGCUUUUGUGGAGAAUUCGAAGCUCAAACGACAUCAGUUGGUGCAUACCGGAGAGAGGCCUUUUCAGUGCUCAUUCGAAGGCUGCGGGAAAUGCUUUUCCCUGGAGUUCAACUUGCGCACACAUAUUCGAAUCCAUACCGGCGACAAGCCCUUCGUGUGCCCCUUCGAUGGCUGCGAUAAGAAGUUCGCUCAGUCAACCAACCUGAAAUCGCAUGUUUUCACACAUAUCAAGAACAAAAACAGCAAGUGA